AUGAUGUUGAAUUGUAACAGUGAAAAUGGACGUACACAUUAUAUAGCUGGCCUUCAUGGGGAUUUUCAAAUGGCUCAUAUUAAGUAUGACGAUCACGGAGCAGGCCAGGAGAGAGAAAUGAACCUGCUGAGGGAGUUCCACCUCUGUCUGUUGGUCUUCCUGCUGCUUGUGUGUGGCUUCUUCUACCAAUUCAACCUGAAGUCCAGCAGCCUGUUCUCCUACAUAUCCCCCUACAAACCCCAACCGGGACUAGAAGCUGUCCUGAGCCAAGGGCAUAGCAUAGUGUUCCUAGAGACCUCAGAAAGAAUGGAGCCAUCCUCACUGUCUUCUUGUGCUGUGGAGUCUGCUGCCAAGGUCUACCCUGGGCAUUCUGUGGUGUUGCUUAUGAAGGGGCUCAACAAUUCCACACAGCUAUCCCCAAAUUCCAGUGACUCAGCCUUUUCCCUCCUCUCAACAAUGGGCAAUGUGUUCCUCUUCCCAUUGGAUAUGAAAAGACUGUUUGAAGACACACCAUUGUUUUCAUGGUUUGCUCACGUCAAUGUCAGUGCACAGUGGAACUGGAUUCACGUCAGCUCGGAUGCAUGUCGUCUGGCCAUCAUCUGGAAGUAUGGUGGCAUCUACAUGGACACUGAUAUCAUAUCUAUCAGGCCCAUUCCUGAGAAAAACUUUUUGGCUGCACAGUCUUCUCAGUACUCCAGUAAUGGAGCAUUUGGUUUCCUCCCCCAGCACCCCUUCCUGUGGGAGUGCAUGGAAAACUUUGUUGAACACUAUAAUUCACACAUCUGGGGCAACCAGGGCCCUGAUUUGAUCACGAGGAUGUUGAAAAUAUGGUGCACACUUACAGACUUCCAGGAGGUGAGUGAUCUGAGGUGCUCUAAUCUGUCCUUUCUACAUCCGCAGAGAUUUUACCCCAUCUCCUAUAGGGAGUGGAAGCGCUACUAUGAAGUCUGGGACACAGACCCAAACUUCAACACCUCUUAUGCCUUGCAUCUGUGGAACUACAUGAACCAGGAGCAGAAGACUGUGGUAAAAGAAAGUAACACACUCGUGGAAAACCUCUACCGUAAGUACUGUCCCAGGACUUACAGGGACCUGAUUAAAGGCCCCGAGGUGUCGGUGACUGGAAAAGUGGGUCCAGAUGAAAAAUAG